ACAGUUGUGUCCCUAAGUAAUUUCAGCUUUGUAAGCUGCAAAGUGUAUGAUAUUGGAGCAGAGGCAGGCAGAGCGGUAGCCAGCUAAAGGAGGAGACCCAACGGUCCCAGAAAGCCCAGCGUUGCCAUAGAAACAUCGUGGUUGGGUUCCUGCGUCAUCGGAGCGGUAGGUGGAAAAAGUGAGGCCGGCUGAGAAAGUGAGGCGGGUCGGAGGACGUCAUCCCCGUUUCGGGCACCUCAGCUGACUUCAUUUUUGUGAGAUUAUACAUGUACCUUGGAAGUUAACAAAGCUAACUUAAGAAGAAUGGAAGCAAACCAACUGGAAGCCUCAGAUCUUUCUUCAAAACCUUGGCAACCUGAGGAGAUGGUGUCAGUGACAGGCGAACCACCUAGUGUUGUAGUAGAAGAAACAGCUCAAGAAGCAGACAUAGAAGUCAUCCCAGAAAUCAUAGAGGCACUCUCCAUUCUAGAUGUACUGAGGAUCUCUGCUGUUCUGGAAGAUACCACAGACCAGCUCUCUAUUCUGAACUAUAUCAUGCCAGUUCAGUAUGAAAGAAGACAAAGUAGCAGCAUGAAGAAAAAUAAUGAAAUGAAUUUAGAAGAAAAAAGCCCAGAAAACCCUCCAGCGGUCCCAAAAAUGUUGAAAGAAGAACCCAAUUUGCCAGAAAUCAGACAAGGAGGACAAUUGGCCAACGAAUAUAACAAAGUGCAAGAUCUCGUCCUCCAAACACCUGCAAGGCAGUCCGUAAUUUCUACAGAAACACUGAAAAAAAUUCAGAAUGAUAGGCAAUUUCUUAGUGAUGUGAUUGCAGAUACCAUGCAGGAGUUGCAAAAUUCAGGCACUUUCAACAAUCUCCUGACAUGUUUGAAUGAAGAGAGGGAAAGCAAAACGCAUUUCUAUGAUAUCAUUGACAGGGAGGAAAAAGGAAGAAAAAGAAUAAAAUCUCUUCAAAAAGAGCUUCAUAAUGUCAAAAGAGAACGGCAAGUUGAAAUACAGAAUCGGAAUGAAUAUAUUGCCCACCUCAAGGACCAGUUGCAAGAGCUGAAGGCAAAAACUAACAUGGAGAAUCGCUUUAUGAAGAGAAACACUGAGCUGCAGAUUUCUCAGACCCAGAAAAAAUGUAACAGAACAGAGGAGCUCCUGCUGGAAGAGAUUGAGAAACUAAGGCUGAGAACUGAAGAAGAAAACCAGAUUCAUAUGGAGAUUGAAAUAUUCCUUCGAAGGGAGCAGCAGAAACUUGAGGAGAAGCUAGAGUUCUGGAUGGAGAAAUAUGAUAAGGACACAGAAAUGAAACAGAAUGAACUGAAUGCUCUCAAAUCUGCUAAAGCCAGUGACUUAACACGCCUUCAAGACCUUGCAAGGCUGAUAAGGGAGUAUGAACACGUCAUCAUUGAAGAUCGUAUAGAAAAGGAGAAGAACAAGAAGCAAAUAGAGCAGUCUCUCUUGGAAUUAAAGAGCAUCAUAAAGCUCCAGGCCUGGUGGCGAGGCAUUAUAGUACGGAAUGAAAUUGGUGGUUUCAGAAUGCCGAGGAAGGAUAAAGAUGAUGGCAAGAGUUCAAAAGGUAAAGGCAGAGGCAAAGACAGACAGAGAAGCAAGAGACAGUGACCAAGUAUCUUCUGUCUUUUCCUCUGGCAUUCUGAAGAUGGGAAGGACUUGAAGGGAAUAAGAAACAUUAUCAUCAGAUAACUCAUCUACAGGUAGUUUCUGAUUUGGACAUUCCCAGGUGCAGCCUGGUUAUUUCACUUUGCCUAUUAUAUUAGUUUUAAACCAUGAAAUUAAGAUUAUAGCAUUAAUUCAGGGCUUGUUCAUAUCUUGAAAAUUUUUUGCUGAAAGUCUUUGUAGAAGCCUUCUGAAGAUUCCUCUUGCUCUUUCUUACCAGGAAAAAACUCAGGCUGUUAGGAGUAAUGCAUUAAAACUUCAGUAAUUCCUGUAAUACGUCUCUGAUUGUGAUUUUAUUCAAUUGGUCGAUAGUGAAAAUGCUCUAUGAGCAAAAGUGAAGUGUUCAGUAGGAAUUACAUGAUGUUUAUAAAGUGUCCAGCAUAAUAUACAUAUGUAGUGAAGUUUUAUUAAAGUUGGUUCCUUCCUGCCUUUUAGAUUUAUCAUCACUUUAGUGUUUUUAUUAGGGGCUGAUGGUGGUUUAGCUUCAGCUCCUUUUCUGGGAAAUAGGUAAGGAUAAUUUACAUUUCCCAGAAAUGACAGAAAUGAGAUAGCAUAACCCAACCAGGUAAAGAUGGGGGACACAGGUUCCCUGAAAGACUAGUUUGGAGAUAUUUUUGAUAAGUGAGACACUAGGGUCUAUACCUAUUUUGCUUACUCAACAAUUCUCCCCUUAAGGGGUAUUAAGACUAAGAGACAAAGCAUGUUAAAAUACCUAACCUGUGCCUGCAACAUUAAGCUGAUUUUUGGUCAUCCUCCCUCUUCCCUAAAAAAGAAUGAGCCCGCUGGGUCAUUCAUGUUUUGCUUAAUCAAAAUAGAAUGUCUUGGGAUGCUAAAGCUUUUCCAAUGGCACAACCGGCAGUUUCUGAGAGAAAAAAUUGUCUCAAAGAGUCACAUAUAUUUCAUGUGUUAAUAAAUAAACCUUAUAUCUAAGUCCAAAUACAGGACACUGCUGAUUUCCAUACUUCCUCUAAACAGCACAUUC